AAAGGGCAUUGAAUUUCAUGCUAAAUGUGAACUGUGUGUCGGAGUCUCCUCACUGGACCUUCCCCUGUCCCGCUGUAUCCUUCCUCAUUACUUACCUCCACCACCACCACCACCACCACUCCCACGUCGUUGCACCAUCACCGGUCCACCACUAUGAUUCUAAAGUUUAUAAAACCAACCCUUGUUUAAUUAAUAACAGCCAGAUAUAUUAGUUUUGCAUUUGAUAUGGGGGCAUCAUUAUCGCUUUUGACGGAGAAUGGGUCGAGCAACGGAGGUCCGAGUCUGGGGGACAUACCCGAGAGCUGCGUGGCGUGUGUGUUUCUGUACCUGACGCCGCCGGAGAUCUGCAAUCUGGCCCGCCUCAAUCGGGCCUUCCGUGGGGCUGCCUCAUCCGACGCCGUUUGGGAAGCCAAGCUUCCUUCCAACUACCAUCAUCUCCUCGGCCUCCUCCCUCAGACAGACGGAGACAUCCACCACAAGCUCUCCAAGAAAGCCAUCUUUGCCAUCCUCUCGCGGCCCCAUCCCUUCGAUGACGGCAACAAGGAAGUAUGGUUAGACAAAUUUUCUGGGCGGGUAUGCAUGUCAAUAUCAGCCAAGGCAAUGACAAUAACUGGGAUUGAAGACAGGAGAUAUUGGAAUUGGGUUCCUACAGAAGAAUCCAGAUUUCCUGUUAUAGCCUAUUUGCAGCAAAUAUGGUGGUUUGAAGUAGCUGGUGUGGUGAAGUUCCCUUUCAAUCCAGAUAUAUAUACUUUGUCAGUUAGGGUUCACCUUGGAAAAUUUUCCAAACGGCUUGGACGCCGUGUUUGCAAUUUUGAGCACACUCAUGGUUGGGAUGUAAAACCAGUACGAUUUGAAUUGUCUACUUCAGAUGGUCAGCAAGCAUCGACUGAGUGCUUCUUAGAUGAUACUGAACAAGAUGGUACAAAUGGGAACCACAAGCGUGGCUGCUGGAUAGAUUACAAGGUAGGCGAAUUCAUAGUUAGCGAAUUAGAUCCUGAGACUGAAGUGAGAUUUUCAAUGAAACAGAUUGAUUGCACGCAUUCCAAAGGUGGACUUUGUGUUGAUUCUGUGUCGAUUAUUCCCAGUAAUUUGUGAGAGCGUAGAAGAAGUGGGUUUUUGAGGUAACAAUGAUGUGUAUGAUCUCAACUUAUAGGCAACCUGUGAAAGCCCGUACUGGGUUUUAUCGUGCACUUAUACUUCUUGAAACCGUUGAUAGUGGAGGAUGUAAUCUAAAAUGUUUUUGCCGUAGGUUCGUGUCCUCUGCCCAUGUAUUAUUGUUGGUUUUGCUGAAUUCAUGCAGUUUUGCUGCACAUACUUCUGCAGAACAUUAAGAAAAUGUGCUAUAUUUGUUGCCAUAUACAGUUUUUCUUUAAUGGGAUUCAAGAGAGGUACAGAUCUAUACUUGAAUAUACCAGGGACACUGUUACUCCA